CAAAAAAUGAAGGGCCUCAGCGAGGCACAUCAUUUCCGCGCCCACACCAAAUCAAAAAAGCACUCCUCAGUCUCACUCCACUCCAUUGACAAUUAACAGAAGAAAAAAAAAAGAAAAAGAAAAAGAAAAAGUGGUAGUUGCGUUGCGAGUUGCGACGAUGGAGGAAGAAGAAGACCAACAGAAGCUUCCAGAUCUGGUGAAGGAACUCGUCCAACGCUUACUAUCGCAAAACCUCCCUCCAAACUCCCCUCCCCUAAACCCUAACUCCCCCGAAUUCAUCAACUCCCUCCGCUACGCCCACCGCAUCCUCUCCAGCCGCCUCACCCCCUCCGUCGCCCCCGACGCCGCCGCCAUCGCCGACUCCAUCAAGCGCCGCCUCGCCGCCCACGCCCGCUCCUCCGAGGCCCUCUCCUUCGCGGACCUCUUCUCCAAAUUCGCCCACAAGGCCCAAAGCGUCAACAACAAAUGGGCCGUCAUUUACCUCCUCAAAAUCAUCUCCGAAGACCGCCACCACAGCCACCACCAACCGCCCCCUCUCCUCCCCAACCUCGCCUUCUCCCAACCCGCCACACACCACCACAAACCCUGGACCAACGGCGCCCUCUUAAUCUCCAAGGAUCCCGACAACCGCCGCGACGUCGCGUUUCGCGACUUCGUCGCUUUCGUCAGAGAAGAGAACGAGGUCUCCGAGGAGGCUCUCGUCAGGGACGUGCUCUACGCGUGCCAAGGCGUCGACGGUAAGUUCGUCAAAUUCGAGAGCGAGAGUAAGCGUUACGCGGUACCCGAUUCUGUUAGGGUUCCGAGAGCCACUAGGAGUAUUGUUCACAGCCUCUGUGAAUUAGGGGUUUUGUUUAGGAAUGUUAGUGGUUACAUUUCGCAGAGCAUGGAUCGGUUUCCCGCUGAGGAUGUGGGAACUGUAGGGCAGGCUUUUUGCUCUGCUUUGCAGGAUGAGCUUAGUGAGUAUUAUAAGUUGUUGGCGGUUCUUGAAGCUCAGUCUUCCAACCCCAUUCCCUUGGUGUCUGAAUCCGCCACCUCCGGGAACUAUCUUUCCCUGCGGAGGUUGGCGGUUUGGCUUGCUGAGCCCAUGGUCAAGAUGAGGCUGAUGGCUGAUUUGGUUGAGAAGUGUAGGGUUUUGCGCGGCGGCGCCAUGGCGGGGGCGAUUCAUUUGCACGCGCAGCAUGGUGAUCCCUUGGUGCAUGAGUUCAUGAGGAGGUUGUUGCAGCGGGUGUGUUCUUCGCUGUUUGAGAUGGUGAGGAGGUGGGUUUUGGAAGGGGAGUUGGAGGAUAUCUUUGCUGAGUUUUUCAUUGUUGGGCAGCCGGUGAAGGCAGAGUCUCUUUGGAGAGAAGGGUAUAGACUCCAUGAUGCGAUGCUUCCUUUGUUCAUAUCGCCUUCUCUUGCACAGAGGAUCUUGAGGACUGGCAAGUCAAUUAAUUUUCUUCGCGUUUGUUGUGAGGAUCGUGGUUGGGCGGAUGCUGCUACUGAGGUUGUCGAUGAUAAGGGAGCAGCAUCGAGAAGAGGUGGUUUUGGAUAUGGUGAAACAGAUACGCUUGAGUUUUUGGUGGAUGAAGCUGCAAAAAGGAUCGACAAGCAUCUAUUGGAUGUGAUUUUCAAGAGGUACAAGUUUAAAGAACACUGUCUUGCGAUUAAGCGGUAUUUGUUGCUUGGACAAGGUGAUUUUGUGCAGUAUCUGAUGGAUAUUGUUGGGCCUGAGCUUUCUGAGCCGGCUAACACUAUCAGCUCUUUCAAACUCUCGGGAUUGCUGGAAACUGCAAUUCGGGCAUCUAAUGCUCAGUAUGAUGAUCCUGACAUUUUGGAUAGGCUCAGGGUUAAGAUGAUGCCACAUGAAAGCGGUGACAGGGGCUGGGAUGUAUUUUCACUAGAAUAUGAUGCAAGAGUUCCACUGGAUACUGUGUUCACAGAGUCUGUGAUGGCAAGGUAUUUAAGAAUUUUUAAUUUUCUGUGGAAGCUUAGAAGAGUGGAACAUGCACUUACUGGAACCUGGAAGACUAUGAAACCAAACUGCAUUACUUCUAAUUCCUUCACCAGAUUACAGCAUGCAGUAAAGAUGCAGUUGGUUUCAACAUUGAGGCGCUGUCAGGUUCUUUGGGUCGAAAUUAAUCACUUCAUUUCAAACUUGCAAUAUUAUAUAAUGUUUGAAGUUUUGGAGGUAUCAUGGUCAAAUUUUGUGAGUGAGAUGGAAGUAGCUGAGGAUCUUGAUGACCUACUUGCAGCCCAUGAGAAAUAUCUGCAUUCAAUUGUAGAGAAAUCUCUCCUUGGAGAGCUUUCCCAGUCUCUUUCCAAGUCACUAUUUGUAAUUUUUGAUCUUAUAUUACGUUUUCGGAGCCGUGCGGAUCGGUUGUAUGAAGGUAUUCAUGAGUUGCAAGCAAGAAUGACAGAGUCCUCCUCAUCCUCUCGAGACCAGAAUAAAUCAAGAACACGAAAGCAACUGACAGAUAAAUCUGCAGAACAAGGAUCCUGGAUUGCUGAUGGGAGGAAAGCCCUAACACAACGAGCUGGUGAAUUUCUAAGGAAUAUGGGACAAGAUCUGGAUGCAAUUGCCAAGGAGUACUCAUCAUUGCAAGAGGAAUUCAUUUCUCAGUUGCCUGUACAGCAGCAUGUUGAUCUAAAAUUUCUCUUUUUCCGCCUUGAUUUCAACGAAUUUUAUAGGCGGUUGUGUCCUAGCAUGUAGGCAAUUUGUGAAUAAGGCUGAAGCUCAGGCUGAGGCAUUGUUUCUUCAAAAAGACAAGGCAUUAAAAGCUUUGCAGCCAGCUAACUUCCAUUGCGUGUUUGAGUGAUUCUAUUGCUGCUAACUUCCUUUGGACCAACCAUUCCAUGGGUCAUUGAUUGACCAUAGGUAGUCACAUUUUGUGAUUUGCAAGAUUGUUUGUUGCAGAUGUGAAGCUAUUAAUAUUUGAUUGGAUGCACGAUGUGGGUAGUACAGACGUAAGUAUCUGAAUAUCUAAUGAUCUAGUAUUGUUUUCAGCAACUUUUGCAAGUUGUGCUUUCGGAGAUUGUUCAUAUGUAUCCUAGAGUUUGGUUGAAUGAAAAUGGGUGUCUUCUGAAAAUCUAGUUUCUGUGUUCUUGUGUAUUUCUUCUGGUUUACCAUCUCUUCUCACUCUGCAGAGUGCUUGAAUUUUUGCCUUGUGGCUGUUAAUAUAAAAGCCACAGGUGAAUCAAGUAUCAAGGUGCUUGCCAUGCAAUUCAAUAUACUUUAUACACAUCUAAGGUAAUAUGAAGGAGCUUCUUUUUUAUUUUCUAUUA